UGUAGCAGCUGCAUGACUGAGAGGGCUGUUCCUGGAGGAGCGAGAACAAGACAGAGAGAAUGAGAGAGAAGGAGAGAUAGAGAGAGCAAGACAGAGAGGGGCGGCGAGAGAGAGGGAAUGAGAGAGAGACGGAGCGUGAAGAAGAAAGAGGGAGAGUGUGAAAGGGAAAGAGAGCGUGAGAGAAAAGAUAAUGCCAGCAGGAAGAACAGGGUGCCGGUAUGAACCAUGAGUCAAAGUCGUGGUCAUUAGGAAUGAUCUCCACGGCAACUCGCACCACGGCGACGGUCAGCCCUCUUACCCCGCUAGCCAACGGGAGUGUGGCUGCUCAGUCUGCUCACUCCGGAUUCGCUGCCGCUCUCCGUCAACUGGCCAAACAGGCUGAAGACCCCAGAGGUUCUUCUCCCAAUAGUGAGUCUCCAGUCUCCUCUCCAGCCACCAGUCUCAGUUCUCCAGUCAACACUCCUAAGAGGGGGUUUUCAGGACCACUCCAGACCCCAAUUCGGGGACACAGCCUUCCCUCCACCCCAUCUGUAGUCACUAUCGCCCCCACUCCCACCAAGACCGGCAGCAUUCUCUGGAGAGGAGAAGCGCGCCAGGCUGAGUUGGGUGUUCGGGGGGUGAGUAGGGAGCUUGUGGAGUCUGAGCUCAGCCUUUCCCAGGAGAAAGGGGCUCAUCCUGUCCUCUCUCCUCACAUCCUGGCUCACCCAUCCUACCCCUUCAGCCUCACCCCCAGCUCUGUCAUGCAGGACCGGCGACUACAGGGCCUCAGUCUACCUGGUCAGGUACAACCUGCAGUUCACUCAGGGGCGGUCCAAGAGGAGUACCUAAGAGGACUCCGCCCCUUCGCCACCUCAGAUGACCUCCGCCUGCGCUCGCUGCCCCUGGGGCUCGACCCCACCACUGCUGCCCACGUUACUGCUGCUGCUGCCUACUACCACCCUGCCUACCUCCACCACCUACACAGGAUGGAGGAGUCUUUGUGUCUUUCUGCACUACGGUCUCAGUUCUACUCUGUACCAGCAGGGGGGGCCUUCCCUCACCUCCACCCCUCUGCCCUCCACAUGCACCUGCCUGGGGCACGCUACCCUGGGGAGUUCAGCCACACACACAGUGCACUGGCUGAGAGAAUACAGAUGGAGGAAGAGCUUCGCCAACGAGAGAGGGAGCGAGAGCGUGAACGAGAGAAACAGAGGGAGCAUGAGCUUGAACGGGAGAGAGAGAGGGAGCGGGAGAGAGAAAGGGAGAGACAGAUGGUGAGAGUGGUGAAGAGCCAGUACCUUGCUGGGCUGAAGGCUCUCACGGCUCUGCCGGAGGACAGGGUCAGACCUGGGGAGAGGCUGACACCUAACAGACUGGGUAAGCCCACCCUCCCUGCCCUCCCAUUACCUAAACCUCUACAGCCAGGCCUCCAGUCAGCCCCUCACCUCAUGCCCAGCCUGGUGCCCUCUCAGAUGGGGAACACACACACUGCCUCAGCCUCUUCCGGGGGGCUCCAUGGAACACUGGUCUCUGCCAUGAUGCUCCAACAGGCCAAUGGGGAGCAGCGCAUGUUGGCACGUCAACGCCGGCAGGGGCAGGAGAGGGAGGUGUGGCCACCUGGGGAAGGGGUGGAGCCUAGGAGAGACAGCUACAGAUCCAACGCCAGCCAACGUGACACAGGCAACAGAGAAUCUCAACCUCACCUGGGAGCCCCACCUCCACUCAUCUCACCCAAACCUCACCUCCUCCCCCACCCCCCUGCCCCUUCCACCACCCUCUGGAACCCUGCCUCCCUCACUGAGACGCCCCCAGACCCCCGUUUCAGGUUCGACUCCCCUGUUCCUCCAUCUCGCUCCCCUCCUGACCUGACCAGAGCCGAGCGGUCCCCCAGCUGGGAGAGGGGGGAGGAUGGGCGCAGGAAGAGGGGGAAGGACGCAGAGAGGUUCUCGUCUGUCAGGGGACCCAUUCUGCAGGAGCCUGGCCUCUGGGGCUGGGCUGAGCUUGAAAGAUCCACUCACAGUCUCCACCACCACCACCAUAACCACCACCAUAACCACCUCCACCAGAGUGGUUCGCUGUCCGUUUCCUCCCCCAGCCCCAGCUCCAACCUGGGGGUCCAGCACCACGCCAGCUCCCCAUCUCUCUCCAUGGACCUCCAGAGGUCUGAACGGCCAGGCCAGGAGCCUCAGAACCCAGUGGUGUACGAUGAGAUCCUCCAGCAGCACCGCAGGCUGGUCAGCAAGCUGGACCUGGAGGAGAGCAGGAGGAGAGAGGCCAGGGAAGGAGGGUAUGACUAUGAUCUAGAUGAGUGGUAUGAUGACAGUGAUGAGGAGGAAGUGAGGGCCCACCUCAGAAGGGUAGCAGAGCAGCCCCCGUUAAAACUGGACACAUCCUCAGAGAAGAUGUGUUUCCUGCGUGUGUGUGGCCUGACCACGCUGGCCCAUCGUGACCAGCUGCUUCAUCAGAAGAGGAGGAAGAGGAGGAGGAUGUUGAGAGAGCGCAGCAUCUCCCCUCCAGCAGUACGAGGCAAGAGGAAGACCUCUCCGCCUCCUGUGGCACCCGCUCCCCCCCUUAGCACCACUCUCACCCCAGAGGAGAUGAACUGCUCCCCUCACCUGGACGACAAGAAACACUUUCUCAACAUGUUCAGCCUGUCCCAUGUGACCAACCAGCAGAGGAGAGAUAAGGAGAAGAUGGAAGGGUUGUUGAAGGCUAUAAAGCUGAAGAGUGUAACGUUGGACACCAUCAGAUACAACCCAUUACCCCUCUGUAGAAGCCCCCCUGUUUCCCCAACUGGCGAAUCAAACGGACUCCACUACCCAGACUCCCCAAGCCCCUCGCCCUCCUACCCCCACCACCCCAACAACCUCCACACAGACCCACUAAAACCAUCCACCCCUCCACCCAGCCAACCGCCUCCCCUGGCCCCCGACCCCAACACGAAAGGACUGGGUGGAGGUCACCCAGCUAAGAGGCUCCAGUGCCUCCAGAAUGGAGCAGGCCACCCUGGCCAUCAUCCUCAACAGAAGGUGCCCCUGGCUGUGCAGAACGGGCAGAACAAACCCUGGGAAAGAUUCAUCCCGAAGGACUUCCACCAGUCUGUGUUGCAGUCUACCCACAAGACACUGAGUGGCUCCACCUGCGUUCCAGAGUCCAGUAUAAAGUCUGAGCCCUCAGUGCCCUACAACAUCCCCCCACUGAAGAGACCAGCCCUCCUCAACACAUCCCUAUACCCCACCAACGGGCAUCACCCUUACCCCUCUCCACCCCACCAUGUACCCCUUGGCGUACGUGAUGAGCUGUCAGAGGAAGAGGAUGAGGAGGAGGAGGAGGGAGAAGCCCCUAGGAAGUGGAGGGGCAUAGAGUCAGUCUUUGAGGCGUAUCAGGAGUAUGUGGAUGAGCGGGGUAUGGAGAGACAGGUUCUUCACAGUCAGUGCCGGAGGCUGGAGACUCAGAACUACACUCUCAGUCUGACAGCUGAACAACUCUCACACAGCAUGGCGGAGCUGGUGAGUCAGAGACAGAGGGUGAGAGAUGAGAGAGAGAGGCUGCAGGCUCAGCUGGAACACUUCAGGAAGUGUCUGACCAUUCCCAACGUGCACUGGGGCAAGGGGCAGGUCAAAGGUCGCCCCUCCCCGGUGACCCCCUGUCCUGCUGCAGACCGACAGACAGACAGACAGACAGACCAACGACCGAUGAACGAUGGAGAGAGAGAAGACACUGAAUUGGUUCCCAGUCAGAGGCAGAGGGGGAAGAGAGCGCUGGACUGGGAAGGAAGACAGGAUGAAAGAAAGGGAGGAGGGAGAAAAGGAGGACAGGCCCUGUAACCUCACAUGCCACUCUCCUAGACUUUGUAUUGUAGUCAGACUCACCACUGGUGAAAGACUGGUAGUCUAAAAGCUAGAGGACAUAGCUACAUAAGGGUAUGGCAUAAUAUUGGGACACUUUUUAACCAAUUGUAGACUUUGGGAUGAAUACAGUGAGCAGUCAUAUGUCCUCCCUUUUCCCUCUAUGGUCUGGAAGGGUUUGGAAGCAACCAAUAGCCAGCCAACCAACCACUGAACUGAAAGGACUUGAAUCAGCCAAGAUGCACUUAAAGACCUAGAAGAGCUACUAGUGAUCAUACUAGUGACAGUACUGUUGAAACUACCUAGAACUAAACACUGUGUUGUAGAGCUUUUACUAUUCUGGAGCUUUUUUCACUUGGGUUCAUGGACUAGCAAAAACACAGGUGUAGAAUAUUUAAGACAGUGUUUCUAUAAGGAAAUAACUGGAGGUUUUGAAAUGUUUUUUGUUUUUUUAAAUAAGGUUAAAUAAAUCUUUAUAGGAUUUAGAAGUCUCAGUUAUGUUUUUAAUAAUUAUGCCAUUGAUAAUGUAAAUAGCCUACCUAUUAAGCCAGAAUGUUGUAUGUUUUUAUUGUUUUAAUUAUUGUUAUUUAAAAGCCUGCUUUAGAAUAAACAUUUGGGGUAAAAACAA